UAUCGAGCGUUACUUGAAGCUGGUUGGCUGACUGUCCCGUGCCAGGCUGUGUGUUGUUGUUAGUGUUAGUAUUUAGUAUUAGUCGAUUUAGUCGUGUGUACGCGCUGCGAAAAUCUGAGCAAACGCCACCCACCCCCACCCUCUCCUGCACCGCUCUCGUUGUCGCCGCCGUCAUCAUCAUCAUCGUCGCCGUCGCCGUCGCCGUCAGCCUCGCCGUCGCCGCCGCCUUCACCGUCAUCUUUGCUGCCUGUUUUAUUUGUAUUAAUCAUAAAGACCAAAAAUAACUACGACAACAACAAAAGACGCGGAAAUGGAUUAUAUUGUGAAAGCUUACAAGGACUGGAAAUUGCACUCGCAAUUUCAAGAGAUCGUGCCUGAUAUGGAUGACAGCGAAUUCAUGUUCAACGAAAAACAAUCGAUACGCGACUCCUCACGCACCCUCAAGAAAUAUGGCAGCACCUGCUGCAACAAUCUGAGAAACAAUGAAAUUCUUAUACGACACACCGUGGAAAAGACGGACACACUGCAAGGAAUUUCGCUCAAAUACGGCGCCACGACGGAACAGAUACGUCGUGUCAAUCGCCUCUACGCCUCGGAUAGCCUCUUUUUGCGUCAGUUCUUGCUCGUGCCCGUGGAGAAGACGUCACCCUACAAUUUGCAGGCAAAUGGGGCUGACCUGCUGGCCGAUGCACUGGCCUCGCCGCCCACCACGCCCGAUGUGAAUGUGCAGCGCGAAGCGUUGAACAAUGCAAACAAUUUGAGCCAAACAAAUUGUUACAGCGGCAGCGGCAGUGGCAGCGGCAGCAGCAACAGCUGCAACACCAACAUCUCGUCCAGCUCGUCGAGCACCCGUUCCGGCCAGCUGCACGGCACACCGCGUCCAUAUUCAAUUGCCGGCGAGCUGCUGGUGCAGCCCGGCGAUGAGGAUCCAGCUCUAAUGCUGCACAAUCACAAUGCCACGUGCAACACCAAGCAGAGCAAGUCCCUGGACUCGGUGGCCGCGAUGACGCCCGAGGAGGAGAAUCGCAAGUGCAUGAAUGAUUUCCUCAACAAGAUAGACAACACGAUAUCCGAGUCGCGCAAAUAUGUCGAACGUUCCAAGGACUUGGUAAAUAGUCAAAGUGAUGCGGACCUUUGCAUCAGUGCCACAACGGACGUGUUUCCACAGCGUCGCAAUCAUCAGCUGAACAACUCCUACAAGAACAACAACCACAAUAGCAGCAACAACAACAACCGUCCGUUGCACCACCAAAGGCACAGCUCGACGGGCAGCGGAAAUUCGGAUACGGCGCAGCUUCUGAAUACGACGCAGACGCGUCGAGUGCAGAACUCCUUGAAGCGCCUGGAGAAGCAGCAGGAUGAUUUCUUCGAGUUGUAGCAGCUGAGCGAGGCGCUGCGUAGCAUCAACCACGCGCUACGACAUUACAAUUAAUUAGAAUUACUGUGCGAAUGAGAGAUCUAACAAACAAGAGAACGAGACGAGAGAAAGUUCAUUUUACAAAUUGUUUUUAAAUCUGCGGCGCAGCUCGAAACGCUGCACUAAAUGUAAAUUAUAUAAGUACAAGAUGAGCAAAGAAGAUAAAACAAUACAUACGUACACCUAUAUACUAUAUACCACAUAUAUAUGGAUAUGUUAAGCGCUACGCUAUUUAAACCUGUACUAUAUACAUAUACACACGCAACAUACUAUCGUAUAAUGAUAAAUGAUAUCUAUGUUAUAUUUUGAUCCUAUUGUUAGUCCAAUUGUUCAGCCCUUUGUAAUUGCCGCCAAUUUGCUUGCAAAGUCUGUUACCUUCCCCACUUCCUCCCCGAAGUCUUUUUUGUAUUUGUUAGCUUUAAAUGAAAUACGUACUUUUAGCUAUGAGAAUUAUUAAUCUUAAUUCACACACACACACACCAACAUCCCGCACACACAUACACACACACAAUUAGUCUUUAGUUACAACUAAAAUAUGGUUUAACAUAACUUGACUGCUCUUUGGCAUAAACUGUUUGCAAAACUUUAAUUGGCCGAUAAUAACUGUUACAUAAAUGUUAAAUAUAUAUAUAAAUAUUAGUAUA